CAAAAGUAAUUUGUUUUUGCGCUCAUUUGGAAAAUCAUACGGGGAAAUUAAGAAAACACGUGAAAAUCUUAGAGUGAACCGGAGGAAAUGAGUCCCGCCAACAAAUCGCAAACAGACUUGAGCAUUGAAGAUGAAGAUGAAAUAUUGGCUUUGGAAAAACUGCUGGGCGCAGCGGAUGAUAAUGAUAAUGCCGACUCUGCAAAAUCGGAGAAACCAAAACCCAUACCGAGUUUGGCCAACGCAGUGCCAAAGUUACGGGAAGACAGCAGCUUCGCCGAUGCGUUUACCUUCGAGAAGACCGUGAAACCUUCGAAAGAGGAGAAAUUUAUAAUCAGCAAAGAACCAGAGCUAGACUCAUCCGACGACGAGGAAGUCAAAAACUUUCUGGAACGGAAGUACAACGAGUACGGCAGUGAUAUAAACAAGUGUCUGAAGAAUCAGAGAGAGACUGAACACGAGUCCAAGGUGGCGAGGGCGGUGGAUAAGGAGCUGAAAAAGACCACGCAAAUGGUAACUUCUACGCCACAACCCCUUAAGAAUCCGCACAAUCCUAUCCAUCGUAAAUCUACUGUAAGCAAUACGUUCAAACGGGCUCCACCUACUGGUGCCGCUGUAGCAUCCACUUCCCAGGCGACUGCUCCCAUCUCUGCUGUUUACACUGAUCCUGUGUUUGGACUGCGUAUGAUCAAUCCACUGAUCUCAAGCACACUUCUUCAGGAGCGUAUGGCGGGCCGUAAGGCGGUGCCCUUCUCCGGCGUUGCAUUUCACAUCGAGCGAGGUGACCUGGCCAAAGAUUGGGUUAUCGCCGGAGCUCUAGUUUCUAAGAAUCCCGUGAAGCAAACCAAGAAGGGGGAUUCAUAUUCCACUUGGAAGUUAUCUGACCUGAAAAGCGAGAUCAAAACAAUCUCUCUAUAUCUUUUUAAUGAUGCCCACAAAUCCCUGUGGAAGACAACGGAGGGAUUAUGCCUUGCUGUUUUGAAUCCAUCUUUUUUCGAAAGGAGAGCGGGUAGUUCUGAUGUGGCUUGCCUAUCAAUUGACAGCUCUCAGAAAGUAAUGAUCUUGGGUCAAUCCAAGGAUCUCGGCACUUGUCGGGCCACAAAGAAAAAUGGUGACAAGUGCACGUCGGUGGUUAAUCUAACCGAAUGUGAUUAUUGCAUCUAUCAUGUCAAGCAGGAAUAUGGCAAAAUGUCCCGGCGUUCAGAACUUCAAUCAGCGACAGCAGGUCGUGGUAUUAAUGACCUAAGGAAUAAGGUGUUGGGCAAAAACGAAGUCUUCUAUGGCGGUCAAACUUUCACUGCAGUUCCCGCCAAGAAAAGCGCCAAGCUGAUCUCCAAGGAACGCGAUCGUCUAAGCAAGCUGGCUGGCUAUGAUGUUUCGCCGUUCGCCCAUACCGUUGAUCACGCCGCUAAGCCCAAGACUGCUGAAGCUCCUAUAAUUCCAUAUGCAGAGCGAGGUGGUCCUGUUUCUCGUUUGGCAGGUGGUGUGGAGGCGUCUAGAAAACAGAGGAUGCAGGAUUUGGAGCGAUUGCGCCAGCUUAAAGCUGAAAAUGAGCGUUUCGAGAAGGAUAAGCAGGCAAAGGGUCAUGUUUUAGGAAGCGAAAACAAAAAAGAACACGAUGCAACCUCUUCCACUGCCAGCAUGCCAACCACACCUGUACCGGACAAGUUCAAGAAUCGUGGUUUCUCGUUUGAUGCAAGUUUGACACCUAAACUUUCCGGUAGCGAAAACUUUUCCUUUGAGGUAAAUGUUGGCGCCCGCCAGGCACAAAGUGCCAAAAUGAGAGCAGCCGCUUUGCUAAAGAAGAAACCUCUGGAGAAAGUCAAUCCAAACUCUAUCAGAGGCAGUGUCACUGGUAAGAGAAGAGCCAUAGAUGAGCUGAAUGAAAAGUUCUCCAGUAGCGCCAAGCGCCAGAAAAUAGAGGAAGAUGAUCGGGAAAUGAUGCGCAAAUCUAGAAUAGAGAAAAUCAUGGCAGCCACCUCGUCCCAUACGGAUCUGGUGGAGAUGAAAGAGCGCGAGGCGCAGGAAGAGUACUUCAACAAGCUGGAACGCAAGGAGGCUAUGGAAGAAAAGAUGCUGGGCACCUACAAGAUGCCAUGCAAGGCAGUCAUUUGCCAGGUGUGCAAGUACACAGCCUUCUCCGCUGCCGAUCGUUGCAAGGAGGAGAAGCACCCCUUUAAGGUGGUCGAUGCCGAAAAGCGAUUCUUCCAGUGCAAAGACUGCGGGAAUCGUACAACCACAGUAUUCAAGUUGCCCAAGCAAAGCUGUAAGAAUUGCAAGGGCUCCCGGUGGGAAAGAGCGGCCAUGAUCCGAGAGAAGAAGGUCAUGACUGGUAGGGAAUCUUUGUCCAUCCGAGGAGAUGAGGAAACGUUCAUUGGCAGCCUGGCAGGCAGUGCUAAUCUGAACUUGCUUGUUCCCGACGAGGAGUGAGAAAAAGAAAUCUCCGUUCGCUGUUAUAUUUGGUUUGUUUUAUUUUUUAAUAUAUAUAUAUAUUUAAAAGUUAAAUAGCAUAUGCAGUACAUACAAAUAUUUACAGUCCUCUGGUUGUUCGCUUUUUGGCUUAUAAAAAGUAUUCAUCGCGUUAUAUAUAAAUAAGUACAAAGGUUCUUCGAUACCUAAAGAUCUUAAGUGCCUGUAAGAUUGUUAGUGCAGGUUUUAGUAUUUAGAGUUGUACCCGGUGUACUCACUGAUUUAGUAUGAAUGUUAAUCUUAUGAUUGUAUGACUUAUGAUUUAAAUAAACGAAAUCUUAGAUUA